UCUCGGGUCUCGGGCUAUUGGACAUGGGACAUAGAACAUGAGAGUACGCGCCAAUCUCCCUUCCUACCCACGAUCUGUGACGCAAGAGUGACGCUGCAUUUGUGUUAGCCGUUCCUUGGUUCAUGUAGUCUCAAGUUUUCCCGAACUCCAACUGGACACGAUUUCUGAGUCAAUUUCCUGGUCACGAACCUUUAGUGUUUGUGUGAGCCAUUUUCAGACGAUAAUGGUGAGGAGAGUUCGUCUGCAAGGACUUAGUAAGCAGAGACAGCCAUUGUCUGUAUGACGACAUCAGUAUGGGUGCUCUCAAGUUCCUGGACGUCAUCAAUAAGUGCAAAGAUGGCGGCAGCAGUCUUGAAGGAACAGAGAUCAGGAAUACCAUAGUCCUCACAUUCGCCUUCCAGGCAGUGUUCACGGCUUUCAACGCUUUGCAGAACCUCCACAGCUCGCUUCACGAUGAAGAAAGCCUGGGUAUGCUCUGUCUCUCCGCCAUCUACGGUACAGCUGUCAUCUCUAGUGUGCUGGCGCCCACCCUGAUCGGCAUAGUGGGCGCUAAGGCCGUCCUCGUGGCCUCGUUCUCAGCGCACUGCAUCUACAUCCUGGCCAACUUCUACCCGUCCUUCUACACCAUGAUCCCCACGGCCGUGCUGUUGGGAACAUUUCAUGGGCCGGCCUGGACAUCACAGAUCGAAGACCCCGAGGACUGGGUGGUUGACAUCACCCUGGGUUUCUUCCUGGCGUGCGCGCUGCUCGGCCUGUUCCUCGUGGUGUUCCUGCUCAAACCGCUACCCACCAGCGACUGGAGCCAGAAGGUGAAGGCCACCAGCUCGGCCACCUCUUGCUUCAACGUACUCAUCUCCACCAACAUGACCCUGCUCGUGCCCUUCAUCAUGUUCACCUCCAUGGAGCACGCCAUUCUGCUGGGCGCCUUUACCAGGUCUUACAUCGCCUGCCCUAUCGGCAUCCACAUGGUGGGCUACGUCAUGGCUGCAUACGGGGCGACAACUCCGGUGUUCUUGAUCAUCUUCACUCAGGUGGCAAGAGUUACGGGCCGCUUUGUGCUCAUCCUCCUGGCCCUUUCCAUCCACUUGGUCCUCCUCGUCAUCUUGUUCCAGUGGGUGCCCACUAUAGAAGACGAAGUCGCCAUUUUUGUCAUACCUAUGGUGUGGGGGGUGGCGGAGAGCAUUUUACAGGCACAGGCCAAUGCACUGAUCGCCAUGCUGUUCCCCUCCCAAAAGGAGCCAGCCUUCGCCAACUUCCACGCGUGGCGCAAUGUGGGAUACACCAUCACCUUCAUGAACGUGGGCUACCUGUGUGUCUCCACCAAGCUUAUCGUGGCCAUGUCCUGUCUAGUCAUUGGAGCUUUGCUUUACGCGCUGGUCGAGGUGAAGACCAAGAUCCAGGAGAAGGCCUCCCUCAAGGAGACGCCCCCUGUGGAGGUUGAGAUGGUCCAGGACAUAGCCGGCCACGUCACUCUGAGAAAGAUCAGCACCGUGUCCUCCUCUCUCUCCGUGCAUGAUCGCCUCUCCUUUGACCGUAUCGAGCUGGCGGACAUCAUAAACGAGGCAAAGGGCGGCUGGCGGAGAGACGGCGACAGCUUCACGCUAGAGCUCAACAAGGUCAUGAGCAAAGAACAUCUCAUGGAGAGCAAAGUGACAACCUGGUACCACACAAGACCGGCUCUGACCGACGUCCUGAACACAGUGGUCACGCCCCGUGACGUAGCCAUCCAGCGAUCUCAGUCCGACGGUCACUUACACUCGGCGCCGUACAGGCUAGGCGUCCACGCCAAGCACCGGAGAGGAGACAAAAAGAAUAAUGCCAGAGCUACGUCUCUGGACUCGUCGAAACGACCUAAGUCGUGGGCGAAACACGGGGAGCCUGUCUCCCCCGGGAUAACCAGUAUCCCCGAAGACGUUUUUGAGGAGGAGAACGAGGUCAGCGGCCGGGGGAGGGGUGGGCAGGAGGUGAAAUUCGUCAUCGGAGGUUUCGGGGGCAGCCACGAGACGGAAGACGCCGACCACCACGGUGGUAGCUCAACUAACGUAUCUAGUAACGGCCAUGUUGGCCCUGGAGGGCAAGGUGAAGGUCACACCAACGCCACGCAUAAUAACUUCCGUCUUUCCAGCGAUUCAUCAGCACAUUCAGAAACAACCAACAGCCCGCCUCCGAAUUUCACGCUGUUCGUCGAAGCCCCGGAAGAAGAUCAAAACGUUGACGGUAGUCAUGACAACCAAGCGUUCGAAGAUGACGUCGAUAAAACAAUUACUCUAGAGAUUGUGAACCCUGAAACCAAGAGUAAAGGUUCAGGUGCAAAGACAAAACACAAACCGGAACCUCUUGUUCUCUUAAAUCAGCUCAAGCUUAACAAGAGCAAGAACAAAUUGUCACCUACAACAAAAACUGCUAAUGGUGGCUUCGGUGAUCCGGACAGAGACCUUAAACGAUCGCCGUUGCAUUCUCUGAAAUUUGGUAAAUCGAAGACCAAACACAAAAGUUCCUCUGACCUCAAAGGUCUGAAGAGAGAGCGUCAUAAAGGGUCCUUACCCUUAAGCAGAUCACAUGUAGAUUUUUCUCAGCACAACGCCAACAACAGCAACUACCACGACUACGACAACGACAGCGACGGUUUCGUUGACGAUGAUGAAGUCCAGGAUGAAAACGAUAACGGUUACUAUGGCAACAUUAUGGUUUACAGUCCGAAAAAGAAGAAAUGUCCUGUGCCCAAAAUGGAGAGUGAAGACGUUAACUGCAUUUAUUAAGUAGUAUAACAACUUUGUGUCUUCUGGUGACUUUCUUUUUUGAAAAAAGGGUGUGGGUGAGGGGGG